UUUUGUAAAUAAGCAAUAUCUAUUCAUAUUUGGAGUAUUCAAAUUUGGAUUUCUGGAUAGGUGUAUUUCCAGCAGGGUAUCCGACAGCCGGGCAUACCCAACGACAGUAUCACUUAACCACCUUGUAAUCGGGCCAUUUAAUAAUGCCAGACGCACAGCAUUACCUGAAGAUAAAUUAGGCUUAAAGUGCCGUUCGGAGUUUUGUGGCCUGCCAGUCGAAUUUUGACAGCGACAGCGACAGCAGUCAGAACCUAAGCUAUACCUAUAAAAAGUCGCGAAACCUCCGAACUAGCCAGAUACCAGUCGAGCCUCUGGCCAAGUGCAGUGUGCGUGUGCCUCCAUUUUUUUUCCGUCUUCUUCAUUCUAAAAGAUUUGGAUUUUUUUUUUUUUUUUUUUUGAAGUCAAAGCCCAAUGGAUAAUCCGGGCUAUGUGAUUGAUUGCGAGCGCGAGUUCGGCACUGUGGAAAAGUGUGGCAAGCCAGCCCCGUGCCGCGAAUACAGCUUUGAGGAGGCGAUCACACUGACGGGCGUGGGACGGUUCCACCUGAAGCUGUUGCUCAUCUGCGGCCUGUGCUUCAUGGCCGUCAUGGUGGAGAUAAUGGGCGUCAGCCUGAUCCUGCCGCUGGUCAAGUGCGAUCUGAUGGCCACGCUCGAACAGCAGGGCAUAUUGGCCUCCUCCGGCUUUCUGGGCGUGGUGCUCAGCUCGCACGCGAUGGGCUUCCUGGCGGAUACCUGGGGCCGUGUGGCCACGCUGCGCUACGCGAUGCUGUUCAGCGCCAUCAGCUCGAUUGUGUCCGCCUUUUCGGUUAACAUUUGGAUGCUGAUUGUGCUCCGCUUCCUCACCGGCUUCUUCAUCUCCGGCGGACAGGCGUGCGUGUUCAGCCUGUGCGGCGAGUUUCACGGCAACAAGUCGCGUGUUCGCCACGUGACGCUCCUCUCCUGCUUCAUGUGCAUUGCCAUGAUGUUUGCGCCAGCUGUGGCCAUUGGCAUUCUGCCGCUCCAGCUGAACGGAUCGCUGCUGGGCUUGAGCCUCGCCUCGUGGCGUGUCUUCCUCAUCGCGGAUGUCUCGGUGAGUGUGCUGGCGCUUCUCGGUCUCUUCCUGCUGCCUGAGACGCCCAAAUAUCUGCUCGUCCAGGGCCGUGUCGACGAGGCGCUCCAAACGCUGCGCAGCAUCUAUGCCCAGAACUCGGGCAGAUCGUCAGCCGAUUAUCCAGUGCAGCGCCUGGCCACACAAAGCGGCGGCGCCAGCCUGUCCAGUGUGCAUGGCUUCUGUGAUGCAGUGCAUCUCAUCUGGCAGCAGACGGUGCCGCUCUUCUAUCGCUCCAGAGUCCUGCACACGCUCAACAUCUGCAUCAUACAGUUCCUCAUCUACGGCAUCGCCCAGGGCAUCUUCAUGUGGUUCCCCACCAUACUCAACGAGCUGGGCAAGGACAGCGCACAGGGUUCCCUGCUCUGCACCGUUCUGCAGGGCUUCAACGCCGCCGGCGAGACAUCCAUGGACGGCAGCUGCAUCAUGACCGCCGACAUCAAUACCUACCAGGUGAUGAUCACCAUUGGCGGCGCCUUCACCAUCAUCUACUUGAUAUUCGCCUAUACCAUCGAUCUGAUUGGCAAGCGGAAUCUGUUGAGUGAGUGCAUUUCCUCAAGACAGAUCCUCAUCAGACUUGACCUUUCUGACCUCUCGCUCUUUACAGUUGGCUGGAUGCUGCUGACAAUUGUGUGCUUGGCCCUGCUCCACUGGCUGCAGAACUUCGCCCUGGUGGUGAUCGCCUUGACCCUGGCCAUGGCCAUCGGCAACUGCGGCGGCCUGGUCAGCACCAUUGCGAUGGACUUCUAUCCGACGCAGAUAAACGCGAUGGGCAUGUGCUUCAUCAUGAUGGUGGGUCGCCUGGGCGCCGUUGUUGGCAGCAAUCUGCUGGGCCGCCUCUUGUUCAGCAGCUGCGACGCCAGCUUCUGGGCCGUCCUCGGCCUGGUGGUGGUGCUCAGCGUGAUGGCAUACUUUCUGCCGGAUCAAGCCAAGCCCAAGGCCAGGCGGCAAUCCUCAGCUACCGCCGCCGCCGCCGCCGGCAGCCAGGAAAUUAGCUCUAAGUAACUGUAGCCCCUACUAUCUAACUAUGUAGUUGUAAAAAAAAAAAAAAACAAACAAACAAAAAACGACAACAACAACAACAAAAACUAGAUGAAUUCUACAAGGAACGGGAACGUCAAUGGGAACGGGUAUGAGAAUGGCAACGAGCUGGGGGGAACUGGAACUGCAACGGGAACGGGUACGGGAACGGGAACGGGAACGAGAGCAAUUGCAUUGGAAAUGGAUUAAGUAAAUGUUUGUGCUCAUUUCUAUAGUUGUUGUUCUAUUAUACCCUGUAAACAAAAUGUGCGCCUAGAUGGGGUAUACUCAGCUGAUGGAACUUUAUGUAACAAACAAUCGUUUCUUCCUCAAAAUCAGAUUUGAGUAAAUUGCUUAUUGAAAUAAAUGGAACUCAGG